CGGGACCUACUGUAGCGCCUCCGGCUUCCCCCAUUCCCCUCUUCUUACCUCCACCCCCGGGGCCAAUAGCCGCCGCCCGGUCUCCAGCAUAUUCCGGACUACCGAGGCGGCGGAGAUGCGAAGCCUCUUGCGAUCUAUUCUUAGACUUUGCCAACGCAUUAGUGUCUCCAAAAUUGGCUCCGCUAUGUCCCUCAGGUGGCUCCCCGCGCUUGCCCGGCGUGACGCUCGACUCAUCCCCUCAACUUCCGCGCAUCCUCUGUAUCGUCUUUCCCGCCUUGCUUGCACCCCCUGGAGCUUGGAGAAUAAAAUGCACUCCUUCGUCCCAUUCAUUUGUGGCACCCCCAAAUGUGUUCCCACUGCAAAGAUCAGGAAUAAGGCAACCACUACCAAAUGCACUGAUACGGCAAAGAUAAGGAAAAAUGUCACAAGUAGCAAUCCUAUGGUGGUUGAUGAUGCAUGGGUUCCGUUAAUCCUUCCGAAUAGCAGCCACCGUGAUGGUGCCAUAUACAGAAACGUGAUUUUGAAGGAAGACUGGUUUGAUAUCGAUUUUAUGAACCGUAAUGAGACUCGCCUGGAGCCAAUGAUGUUCCGUAAGCCAACCGAAGAAUGUUUACUGUAUGAAGAAAAUUGCAAGCAUUUUCCACAGCACAUGUUGCAGUUUUUCUCAUUGACGCUGGCAGAGUGUUCCAGCAAUAAUGGCCUGAUCCAGCUAUAUGGAUAUAUAGCAGCACGGGAUGGCAGGGAUCGCAUGCUUAACUAUGUUUUGAAUCAUAGCAGAGACGAUCCCGUCAUUGUACAGCAGCGUUCUCUUAUUCAAAUGACUGGUCCUAAGAGAGGCAUUGAAAUGUACUCCCCAGUUUUUAUUGAGUUUGAUCUAAGGGUCAAGAAUGGAGGGCAAGAGGAAGACGAUCUGCAACUAAUUGAUGGCGCAAUAGCAUGCUAUGAUCAGAAACCAUGGAGACCAAUCAAACAUCGCAUUAAUGGCAAAUGUGGCACAGUUGACAUAUCUUUAGCAUAUGUGGAGCAUGCAGUGGAGGCAACAAUAGAAGUUGUCGUAUCAGAAGUACAUAGUGGCUUCAGUUUAUCUCUGAGUUCCUUAAUUUAUAUUAUGGAGAACUAUGAAGAAAUUCCUCUUUUUCAUGGUACUAUUGAUCAGUCGCGUGGCCUGCGAAGAGUUGUGGUUGCAGUCACGUCGGGCACUGUUAUGAAGUUGAAGUUCAGAUUUGGUAGCAAUAAUGUUGAGCGUUGUUGUUCCUUCAAAGCUAAGCUACAUGGAUGUGUUCGACGUCAGAUAAAGCAUGAGUUGGCUUCUAUCACGGUAAAAGUGUAUUGGUCCACUAUCUGAACCUGAUGAUAUCCCGUCUGUUGCUGCACCAAUUGAUUGUAAUAUGUUUCCAUGAGAUUUGGUUAUAUGCACCAUGAAUAUUUGAAUUGAUAAUAUAAGAUUUUGUAAAAAGGUUUUUUGAUUUGUUUAUUAUUGUAUACUUGGUACUUUUUGAAUAUAAAUCUAUAUCUAUACGACUAUUCCUACUAAUGAA